UUGUCAACAUUACGUAGUGGUAUUAUCAUUGGAAUUAUAAUGGCGCGAUUGACUCUGGUGGUUUUCUCACUGGUUUUACUCUUUGGCAGCUCUGUUGCUCUCCUUAGUGAGGCCGUGAUUUCCUCAAUAAUUCUUAUGAAUUAUCUUCUAGGCUCCAGCUACAUUGAUUCAGCAAUUGCCGCUGGUAUAGGUGAGGUUGAAGGUUUGUUGGCUCAGAGGGGCUCCAUUUCCAAUGAAUUGACAAAUUAUUUGCAAUCGAUUAAUGGACCGGGAGUGUCAGAUACUCCCAAGACGGAUUUAUAUGAAGAGUUGCAAGGCGUAAAUGCAGAAGAAUUUGGUGAGCCUCAGGAUCUUCGAAGAAGACGACAAGCGUCAGAAUCUGAAAACAAAAACGGCGAUGAAGUUCUACUGAAUCCACAAGCAGACGAAAUCAAUCUACCACAUGAGAAAAACUUCGAGGAAUUGCAAGACGAAAUAUUUGACAGUAUUGGAACUAUAGCCCAUGAUGUGGCCAGUGAGUUAGGCAUGCACUUGGGCCUUCGACCACAUACACUUGAAGCUGUCUUGACCCACGAAGAAGAUGCACCAAGUUUUCCAGAGGUCAUGGAGACGGUUGCCAGACGCUUUCACGCUCCAAAGAUCUUGCUAGCUGGAUUGCAUGCCCUUAUAGAAAGAAGGGAUUAUUAUGAAGAUUAUUAUGAUCUUGAAAACCUACUUCAAAAUCGAGGUGAUUUAAAGCCCAAUCUCUUGAUUAAGGCUGUGCCUAAUGAAAACAAAGCAUAACUUCAUCAUUCGAAGACUCAUCCCUCGGCAAUCUAUGUCAAUGAAGUUACAAAGGAUUUCAAUUGGAUAACCCUAAGAGUUAAAUUACCCAAGUGAUCAGAAUAUUUUCUGGAUACCUUGUUUUUGUCUAGAUAUAAUUACACAUUAAUUUGUUAAAUAUUUUUUUGGGAUGCUUUAAAAAUAAACGCUUUAAAAUUA